AUGAAUGAUGGAGUGUUUUCUAAACAAUCAGCUCUUAAUGCAGGAAUUAUUCCUGCAUCACCAGAAGAACUAUCUCAAAGAUAUUUAAAAUUAUUUCAGCAAUAUUCUCGAUUAAAGGCCAAGCACGCCAUUCUGAAAAAGGCUGUUCUUGAAGAACAAGCUUCCAAUGUAACAUUACAGGGAAAUGUCAAAGAAAAAGAAAAGGAGUUAAGAAAGCUGCAAGAGCAAUUAGAUUUAUUAGCAUUUCAUAACGAAAGACUGACUAAGCGUAUACAGGCUGUACAAGAGAAUGAACAGAAAGGAAGUCAUUUUUCUUUAUUGGGUAGUUCAGUUAAAAAAGAAUUAGAAAAGAACGCUCGUGCAUUAGAAGAAGCCAAUUUAGAUUUAGAAAGAAAGAUUAUAGAAAAUGAAAAACUGCAUGAAGAGCUUAGCGAAAGACAGUUUGAGUUUACAGAUAACAUUAAUAAUCUUUUGAAACAAAUUCAGGAACUUGAAAAAAGAAUUAAAGAAUUACAAGAAGAAAAUUCCUCAUUAAAGGCAGAAUCAAAAACCUUAAUUACCUCUGAGCCUAUGGAUACGAUUAUUCAUGAAGAGGAAUAUGAUAAACUGUUAAAGGAAUUAGAAUUAUCUAAACUGGAAUUAAAAAAAAAAACGAGUAUACUAGAAGAAAAGGAGAAAAUGAUAGAAAAGAACGAUCUUCAAUUAUUAUCUGAAAUUCAGAGUUUGCGAGCUAUUUUAUUAGCAAAAGUAGGCAAUUUAAAGAAUAAAGAAGAAACCAGUUUAUAUUCAGUUAUUGAGCCUACAUCUAAGGCUCUAAAAGAACUCGAGGAUCAAGCAAGACAAUAUAUGCAAUCACUUGAUGGAAACACAAACGAUCUAAAGGAGUUACCCUCUGAAAUCGCAAAAAAAUUAUCCAUUUCUACAGAGACAUAUUCAAAAGAAUUAUUGAAUCUUUUGAAACAACUGGAAGAUACCAAAACAGAAUUAAACAGUUUGUUAGUAGAAAAAGACGAGCAAUUAGUAAAAGAAGAAGCAAAGAAUCAGGAAUAUGAAGAAAAGAUUCAGGAACAAACAAAAAAGAUAAACGAUUUAAACUUGAACAACAGCUAUUUUUUGAAGAAACUGAAUACAGAACAAGCUUUACAAGAAUUAAAAGAUACCAAAGAAACUUAUAACAAAAGAAAAAUGUUUGACAAAGAAACUCAAGUUGGUCUUGAUGUAAAAGAUGAGGAAGAAGAUACGACAUUUGUAUACCCAAUAGAAGAAAAGUCGAUUAGAAUAGAAAAUACCGACAAAAAAGUAGAUAGAAAGGAGGAGGAAGAAGAAGAGGAAGAAGACGUAUUUGUUUAUCGAGGAAGAGAUGCAGUUAUUGUAGAAAAUAAUGAAGAUGAUAUAUCCAUUAGAGAAGAAAAGUUAAAAUUAUACUAUGAACAGAAAUUGAAAAACUUGACAGAUAAAAUACAAAUGACUGAUAGUAAAGCCGUUAGAUUUGCUGAAAUGUAUAAAUCAUUAAAGGAAAGACUUGUAAAAGAAGAUAAAGAAAAAGAAAGAAUGACUUCUGAAAUUGAAAGGUUAAAUAAAGAAGUUAAAAAUGUAAAGGAUAUGCUUACAACUACAGAAAUAAAUUAUCAGAAGCAAGUAGAUACAAUGACUGAAUUUAUAACUUCACUUCAACAAAAUCAAUAA